UCUCGACCAACGUUCAGUUCAGUUAUCGCAGUUAACUUGUAACUAAACUCAUUCACUCGCACAACAAUUAACACUGAUCCUGCGUUGAAGUUUGCCAAGCGCGGGAACUUACUGUUGCAAUAUUAUUCGCAAUUUGGAAUAAGAAAGCGUUCAGACAGUUUUCCUUUAUCUUUUUUUAACCAAGUCAUUUUUUGUGAUUUUUCAUUUUUUUCGCUUUUAUAUUUUGAGUUAUUGUUUAAGUGACGAUGUAUGUUGUUAAAAGAGAUGGCCGGAAGGAGGAUGUACACUGCGAGAAAAUAUCGUCUCGGAUUCACAAACUUUGUUAUGGCCUCAAUAUGGACUUCGUUUCGCCUGAACUUAUCCAAACCAAGGUCGUUAAGGGAUUAUUCAGUGGUGUUACGACAGUUGAACUGGAUAAUCUGGCAGCUGAAACCGCUGCUACGAUGACCACCGAUCAUGCUGAUUAUGCAACAUUAGCUGCCCGUAUAUCUGUCUCAAAUUUGCAUAAGGAAACAAAGAAACCAUUUUCGGAUGUCAUUGAUGAUCUGUACAACAUGGAAAAUGCAAUCGUCAAGCGGAAAACCCCAAUGAUCUCAGACUUCCAUCACGGCAUAAUCAUGAAAAAUGCCGACCGACUCAACUCUGCCGUCAUCUACGAUCGCGACUUCAGUUACAGCUACUUCGGAAUCAAAACGUUGGAACGAUCCUAUCUGUUGAGAAUCAAUGGCAAAAUUGUCGAACGUCCUCAGCACAUGCUGAUGAGAGUUGCGAUCGGUAUUCAUGGCGAAGAUUUGGAUGCGGCCAUCGAAACGUACAAUCUUCUGUCGGAAAGGUUUUUCACUCACGCUUCACCAACGCUUUUUGCGGCUGCUACACCUCGCCCACAAUUGAGCUCAUGUUUUUUGCUGUCGACCAACGAGGACAGCAUCGAUGGCAUUUACGACACGUUGACCCAAUGUGCAUUGAUCUCCAAAUCGGCUGGUGGCAUCGGUCUCAACAUUCAUAACAUUCGAGCGAAAGGCAGUCCGAUUGGUGCCUCUGGUAAAACGGCUGAUGGCCUGGUGCCAAUUUUACGAGUGUUCAACAAUACGGCCCGAUAUGUCGAUCAGGGCGGAAACAAGCGUCCCGGCGCGUUUGCAAUGUACGUCGAACCGUGGCAUGCGGACAUUUUCGAUUUUCUCAAUUUGAAAAAGAACACGGGCGAAGAGAAGAAACGCGCCAGAGACCUGUUCUAUGCACUGUGGAUUCCCGACCUGUUCAUGAAACGAGUUGAAGCGAACGAAGAUUGGAGUUUGAUGUGUCCGCAACUGUGUCCGGGAUUGUUUGAUGUGUGGGGCGAUGAGUUUGAGAAACUCUAUACGAAAUAUGAGUCCGAAGGUCGUGCUUCACGUGUUGUUAAGGCCCAGGCUCUAUGGUUUGCCAUUAUCGAAUCACAAACGGAAACCGGCACACCGUACAUGUUGUACAAAGAUGCUUGCAAUGGAAAAAGUAACCAGCAGAACAUCGGUACCAUUCGAUGCAGUAACCUAUGCACAGAGAUCGUGGAGUAUUCUUCGAAGGACGAAAUUGCCGUUUGUAAUUUGGCGUCAAUCGCACUGAAUAUGUUCGUCAAACCUGACCGUACGUAUGACUUCCAGAAGUUGAAGGAGGUAACUAAAACCGUGACUAAAAACCUCAACAAAAUCAUUGACGUAAACUACUACCCGGUACCAGAGGCUAAACGCUCCAAUAUGCGUCAUCGACCAAUUGGCAUCGGUGUUCAAGGUUUGGCCGAUGCAUUCAUUUUGAUGAAAUAUCCGUACGAAAGCGACAAAGCGCAGUUGCUAAACCAGCAAAUUUUCGAGACCAUCUACUACGGCGCUCUGGAAGCGAGUUGUGAAUUGGCCGAGAAAUACGGUGUGUACGAAACGUAUGCCGGUUGUCCGGUGAGCAAAGGAAUUUUGCAGUACGAAAUGUGGCAAAAGACACCAACCGAUCUGUGGGACUGGGCCGAACUGAAAAAGAAGAUUGCCCAGCACGGUGUCCGUAAUUCAUUGCUGGUAGCCCCAAUGCCAACUGCAUCCACAGCACAGAUUUUGGGUAACAAUGAAUCCUUCGAACCGUACACUUCGAACAUCUACAACCGGCGAGUGCUUUCCGGUGAAUUCCAAGUCGUAAACCAUCAUCUCAUCAAAGAUCUGUCCGAAUUGGGUCUGUGGAACGACGAUAUGAAAAACUUGAUCAUUGCCCACAACGGUUCCAUUCAAGCGAUCGAUGUUAUUCCCAGUGAGAUACGAGAACUCUACAAAACCGUUUGGGAAAUAUCCGUGAAAACAUCCAUGAAAAUGGCUGCCGAUCGUGGGGCAUUCAUCGAUCAGAGUCAAUCAUUCAACAUACACGUCGCCGAGCCCAACUAUGGCAAAUUGACGUCGAUUCAUUUCUACGGCUGGAAAUUGGGACUCAAAACGGGAAUGUACUAUUUGCGAACAAAACCGGCAGCGGCACCAAUUCAAUUCACCGUCGACAAGAGUCGCCUAACUGCCAAUUCGAAGGUGCAUCCGGUUGACAAAGAAAAUGUGGAUGUGAAUGGCCUGGAUCGGAGAAUGGCAGACAUGGUUUGCUCGCUGCAGAAUAAGGACGAUUGCAUUUCAUGUGGAUCGUAGUGCAUGGUCGACCUUUUUGUGUAUCAAUUAGCUUAAGUACAUUUCUGCACUUUCUUCCAUAUCAUUUCAAUAAAAAUCUUUCAGACUAUGAAGCAAUACCAAAAUUUACCAAAGUAUUU